AUGGCAAUGGUACAGUAUGUAGUUCUGUUAGUGGUGGUUCUGCAUGCUUUAACGACCCAUGCAUCAACGGAAGAGACCGGGGAACUGACCAUGAGACUACCGGGCCUUGAGGGUCACCGGCGAGUCCGGAGGCUGGCCAGUGAAUCUGUCAUGAAUCAGGCUGAAAAGACUGCAAUUUUGGACAAGCAUAACGAGUUGAGGGGUCAGACAAUUCCAUCGGCGGCUAAUAUGAGAUUCAUGGAAUGGGACGACACCUUGGCCACCCAUGCUCAACAAUAUUCCGAUAUGUGCAUCUGGGCCCACGGUUUUCCCGAUGUGAACAUCACACCGUUCAACCCAGUUGGGCAGAACCUCUGGCUGGUCGGGCCAGUCAGCGAGUCGUACCGGCCCAACGGGGCGGCCGUGACUCAGUCGUGGUUUAACGAGGACCGCUUCUAUGAUUACGAAACUCACGCGUGUGAGCCGGGCAGAAUGUGUGGACAUUACACUCAGGUUGUGUGGGCAACUAGCUAUGCAGUUGGGUGCGGCAUGACUUUCUGCCCUACCACGGCUCAUUUUACUACACCUAAUGUAAUGAUCGUCAAUUGUCACUACGGCCCUGCUGGCAACUUCGCUGGAGCUCGGCCCUUCAUCUCGGGGAUGCCUUGCACGCAAUGCCUUACCAAUAUUGGUCAGUGCUACAACAAUCAGUGUCGGUUAUGUUCAACUCACAGCGAAGAGUGUGUUUGUAGCCAGACUUGUGAGAAUUGCGGAACCUUGGACGCCGAUAUGUGUAAAUGCGCUUGCCCAUUUGGGUACACGGGGAGCGAUUGCAGCAAGGACUGUGAAGAUACAAAUGAAAAUUGCGGGAACGGCAAUUUAGUUUAUUCUAACUGUAACGCAGAGCACCAAGCCGUUCUGGAUCAAUGUCCAGCGACCUGCGAUUUAUGUUUACCGUUCAAGGAUCCAAACUUCGUGUGUGCGACAGUUCCUCCAGCGACAGAUCCACCUACAACAACCCCGGCCUCAACAGUUGCACCGGUUCACCCAUCUACAGUUGAAGCUUCUACAGUUUCUCCAACUACUGCUGUAGAUAUAGUUAUAACAUUUCCAGCAACCACAUUGACGUCUACUAACACGUCAGCAACAACCGCUGGACCAACUACGACGUUAUCACCGACUUGCCCGUCUCUAAUUUGCGAGCAUGGUGGUACCCUUCAACUCUCAGCCUGCAAAUGUAUCUGUAAAGCGGAGUACCAGGGAAAAGCUUGUGAACAGGUACGCUCAGAAGUACGAAGGGGGAUAGCAAUAGUCCUAAAUGCUGAUAUUGCUGAUUGGCCGGUUAUCAAGGUUGGUUUACUGGACGCAGUCGCUGAGGUUCUUACGACUUACUGCAACGGAGAGGGCUUUUCAAAAUGCUGCAAGGGCAAGGGCACCAAAAAGAACGCCGUAAGGUUGGCCUUUGCCUCUUCUGGCAAUUUCUUGAUUGCAACGGGUUACCCAGCAGUCUCCCAUCAGAGCACCAACAGACAGCCUGCGUUCGAGACCAUGCUCUUAUAUUUAGCCCCUGAUGUUACGUCUGACCUUUGUAAUGGUGGUACUUUAUCUCGGAAAAGGCGAGACGCCGAAAAGCUUAAUCACGUGAUCCAUCGUAGGGAGACUCUCGAAGAUGUGUUCUUGGACCAAGACGUCCUGCUAGAAGCCGUGGAAGGUGGAUUGGCGGAUAUCCGACAGGCUCUCACACAACUCAACGUGACCGUGACUUUGGAGAGCGUGGCUGCCGGGGAGGAGGAGCCUUUGCCCCCGGCUGAUAACGGCUUACUCAUCGCGGUCAUCGUAGUUGUGUCUAUCGUUGCACUGGCUGCUCUCAUCCUGGUUGGGUACUUUGUUUCCAAAUAUAUUUCGAGAAAACAAAAGGUUACACCACCAAUGCCAUUGAACUAAGAUGCAGACGGAUAUUAGACUAUAAUCAACCGUGGUCUCACUUCAUCGAUCAGACAAAAGCAAUUGUGGGGCUCUCUCUACAUCAUCAUCAUCAUCAUCAUCAUUCGGCAUAGACUUGCGUCCGUGGCCGCCUCGUUCUCAGGUUGUAAUGGGGGCGCA